AUGGGCUUCGCAACCACCCCUGCCGCAACCGUCCCCGAAAACCUCUCCCAACUGAUCUCCGAAAAGUUCAAAGCCGCCGUCGCAGACAGCUCAAUAUGCUACACCCCCACCGAGACCACGCAGCAUCCCGGGCGCGCCUUCACCUACCACAUCAAGAUCCUCCCCCUCUUCACCCGCAAACCCAACGACAUCACCACCAGCCCGCCCGCCCCGCACGCGCGCACCGCGCUCAGCACCAUCCCCCCCACGCACAUCAUCACCACCUCCACAGCCCCGCACUUCCGCAUCAUCCUCAACAAGUUCUGCGCCGUCGAGAACCAAACCCUGCUCAUCUCCAUCGCGCCGCGCUUCCAGUCCGAGCCGCUCGACGCCGACGAGCUCUCCGUCGUCGCCGGCGUCCUGCGCAGGCUCGGACAGGCACAGGUCGCGUUCUACAACUGCGGCAAGGAGAGCGGCGCGUCGCAGCCGCAUAAGCAUGUGCAGGUUGUGGCGCUGGGCGAGGCGGUCUUCAGCGGGCUGUACCCCGGGAGGGUGGAGAGGGGGGAAGAUGGCGGAUUGACGCAGCACCCGGAUGUGCCGUAUACACACUUCAUCGCGCACCCGCCGCCAAAAGCCACGGGAAAGCAGCUGCACUACCUCUUCGGCGCGCUCCUCGCCGCCACCAAGCGCGCGCUGGGCAAUCCGGAGGUCCCGCAUUACAACUUCCUGAUGACCACCGAGUGGAUGGUCAUGAUCCCGCGGACCCGGGGCGAAUGCGAUGGGGUCGGCGUCAAUUCGCUGGGAAUGAUGGGGGUCCUUUGGUUGGGAGACUACGAGCAGCUCGAGGUCUGGAAGGGCAUUGGCUUCGACGAGUUUUUGGGCAGGGUCGGGGUGAAAAAAGUAGAGUAG